CCCGACUCACCUGAGAUGAACCAGGAAGUGGUCUGAGAGAGAAAUCAGAAUCGGCUCAGUCUUCUUCUGGAGGAAUCCGUCUGCAGAAAGCUUCAGGAUUCAAAGAUUCACUCAGAGACAAAAUGGCUUCCAGAUCAGAGGAUCUCUGCUCUCUGCACUCUGAGAAACUCAAACUCUUCUGUCUGGACCAUCAGCAGCCAGUUUGUCUCGUCUGCAGAGAUUCAGAAAAACACUCCAAGCACAGAUUCAGGCCCAUCGAUGAAGCUGCUCAGCAACACAGAGAGAAACUGAAAACAUCUCUGGAGCCUUUAAAGAAGAACCUGGAGAUGAAGAAGGAAGUUAAAGAGGAGUUUGAUCAGACAGCAGAACACCUGAAGGUCCAGGCCCGACACACAGAGAGGCAGAUUGUUGAGCAGUUUAAGAAGCUUCAUCAGUUUCUGACAGAGGAAGAGGAGGCCAGGCUGGCUGCACUGAGGGAGGAAGAGGAGCAGAAGAGAGGGAUGAUGAAGGAGAAGAUGGAGGCUCUGAGCAGAGAGAUAGCAGCUCUUUCAGACACAGUCAGAGCCACAGAGGAGGAGCUGAGAGCUGCAGACGUCUCAUUCCUGCACAACUACAAGGCUGCAGUGGAAAGAGUCCAGCGCUGCCCCCUGCUGGAGGAUCCACAGCUGCCCUCAGGAGCUCUGAUAGACCAGGCCAAACAUCUGGGCAACCUGGCCUUCAACAUCUGGAGCAACAUGAAGGGCAUGGUGACCUACACUCCUCUGGUUCUGGACCCAAACACGGCAAAUCCAGAACUCAUCCUGUCUGACGAUCUGACCAGUUUGAUGUUUGCAGAGCAGCAGCAGCUUCCUGAUAAUCCAGAGCGGUUGGAUAAAUGCCGUUUGGUUCUGAGUUCAGAAGGUUUCAGCUCAGGGAUCCACAGCUGGGGCGUCGAUGUCGGAGUCGGUGGGACCUGGAGACUCGGUGUGUUAUCAGAGUCUGGAGGGAGGAAGAACUACAUCACCUCUGCUUUAUGGGAGAUCUGGUUUAGUGAAGGGAAACAUUACAGCUGGUCUCCAGGAGUUCCUCUUACUGUUCUCCCAGAGCAGAAGAAGAUCCAGAGGAUCCAAGUGGAUCUGGACUGGGACGGAGGGAAUCUGUCCUUCUCUGAUCUGGAUACUAACACACACAUACACACCUUCACACACACCUUCAGUGACAGGAUGUUUCCUCACUUUGGCACUGAGAAUAAAAUGCAGAUUUUACCUGUGAAGUUCUCAGUAACAGGAGCAAAGCAACCAAAGUGACCUCUGACCUCUGACCUGAGCCUCCAGAGCCACAUAAAGCCGGUUCCUCAGUGGACCUUCAGCAGCUGCAGGACAUUCAGGCCCAGAGGACGAAAGUCUCCGACCAGAGAAACUCAUCCAGGAUUUAGUGGCUCUGAUUCCUGCAGCAGGUCAGACUGAGACCAGAAGCUGCAGCUGGAGAUCUGACUAGAACCAGGAGGACGGAGCACUGCUUGGUUACCUUUGAUUCAGGAUAACUGGAGCAUUUAUUAAUAUUAUUAACGAUGAUUAUUGUUGAUGAUGUGGUAGGGUUAGGGUUGUAAAUGUUUGGUGGCUGUUGCUUUACUACUGAUACUAGUUCUCAUCAAUAUUAAGGAAUGAUUGGCUUAAAACAAGCUUCUAUGUUUAAGU